UAGGGAUUGAGAAGUUUCAAGCAAUUAAUUAUUACACUCCUUCUUCGUUGUCGAAAUCUGCCCGUACAGUAUAUCUCCUCUUUCGAAGAUCCCUGAGGGCAGAAGUCGAUCCUCAUCUCACCAACAACUCAAAUUCUCAAUUCUAGUGUCGGCGACAAGCUCCGUGACACUUAAUUUCCGCUCAUCGCUGCGACAUUUCUUUACUGAAAACGUCUCUCGAAUGCGCCCUUAAUUUAGCCUCGAACAGCCGCCAUUGAUGUCCAGCGGAAAAGGUUGGAGCUUUACUCCGCGCCAUCGCUCCUCAUCCAUCACCUUACCCAAGCGCGAGACUCGCGGUGACCCUUACGAAAAGCCCGAACGUCUCACUGGCCACCACCGGGGCCACUCACAGUCUCUCCAAGGACGACUACACACCGCCUGGAUGAAUCCGAAUUCAAGAGCACGUUUUAUCAGGGCUGGCUGCCUAGUCACCUUUGUCCUGCUGGUGCUAUACUACAUCAUUCCGGGCACCUCGACUUCGACGGCGAGCUUUUCUAGUCAACCAGUCGCUGGUGGAGAUCAAUCAACAGGCCCGACAAAAUGCACACGGAGCUACUCCAAGGACAAACCCUUGAUCCAAUAUGCACUCAUGGUCGAUGCCGGAAGCACCGGUAGCAGAAUCCAUGUUUACCGUUUCAACAACUGUGGACCUAUUCCAGAGCUAGAAGAUGAGAUUUUUGAGAUGACCGCGAAGAAAGAGGGAGGAUCAGGUUUGAGCAGCUACAAGAGCGACGCCGAGGGCGCUGCGAAGAGCUUGGAUGUUUUGAUGGACGUUGCUGUAAAGAAUGUGCCUGACAACCUCAAGAGCUGCACGCCGGUGGCUGUAAAGGCCACGGCCGGCCUGCGCAAGCUCGGUCCGGAGCUCAGCAACAACAUUCUGCGAGCUGUGCGAGAGCGCCUCGAGACCGUUUACCCUUUCCCUGUUGUCAGCGAGGAGGCCGGCGGUGUCGAGGUCAUGGACGGCAAAUAUGAAGGUGUUUACGCGUGGAUCACUACCAACUACCUACUUGGCAAGAUUGGUGGUCCGGACAAAUCGCCCACGGCUGCUGUAUUCGAUCUCGGUGGAGGUAGCACUCAGAUUGUGUUCCAGCCGACCUUCCCUCAGCUCGCCGGUGGUGGCAUGCCUGAGCAGCUCAGCGAAGGUGACCACAAGUACGCUUUGAACUUCGGCGGCCGCGACUUCUCACUUUACCAACACUCCUACCUAGGCUAUGGGUUGAUGGAGGCGCGCAACAACCUCCACCGGGUCGUGGUGGAGGGCACAUACGAGAACAUGAAGCCCGCCACGGAAUGGCUCCAGUCGAGCGUCGCGAACCCUUGUCUCGCGCCUGGCUCUAGUCGCGAAGUCAAAGUCUCCCUCAGCGCUGGCCAUCCAUUGGGUGCUACCGUGACCGUGAACAUGACCGGCCCAGACAUCGGAAGCCCGGCUCAAUGCCGCGCAUUGGCCGAGAAGACACUGAACAAAGAGGCAGCCUGCAAGCUUGCGCCCUGCGCCUUCAAUGGCGUACACCAGCCACGCCUUGACAAGACCUUUGCGCGCGAAGACGUCUACCUUUUCUCAUACUUCUAUGAUCGUACCCAGCCAUUGGGCAUGCCCGAAUCAUUUACGCUCCGCGAGCUGAAGGACCUGGCCGCACGCGUGUGCUCCGGACCGGAGUCGUGGAAGGUCUUCGAGGCGGUGCCUGGCGCCAUGGAGGAGCUGAACGACCGGCCGGAGACAUGUUUGGAUCUGAACUUCAUGUUUGCACUGCUUCAUACGGGUUAUGAGAUGCCGAUCGACCGAGAGGUCAAAAUCGCGAAGAAGAUCAAGGGUAAUGAGCUUGGAUGGUGUUUAGGUGCCAGUCUACCGCUCCUGAGCAAGAACUCUGGGUGGAAGUGCAAGGCGUAAUUUUUAUGUGCAGUAGGAUGUGAAGAUUCAAAAUAUCUAUAAGUUGUACAGAAUUUGUUCGUUUACCACGUGCAUGCCUUGGAAUGUAUUUACACAAUACAGUUCAGUACAACACAGGAGGAUACUGGGACAGCGGCUGUUCAGACUUUUUUUUUGAAAAUACCUAGUAUGGUCGAGAGGAGAGCCCUGAACGCAUUCAAUGGGACGCUUGGACGCGCUUGGUGGGUAUUUUGUCC